AUGUCAGUCCAAUCCGUACUAUUGGAUCAAUACAACUCCGAGGAUUCACUCGACAGUAUAGACGACUUGGGAGCGACGCUUUCUCCUCGUUACUACCCUAAUUUGGCAAGGAGCAAGACCGUCACCCAAUAUGCAACCCGAUGCCCCGGAGCUGAUCCCCCAGUGAUCUACCAGGCGUCUAUAUUCGACUCAUCCACAAACAAUCGCCCAAAGCGAGACGUGGCAGUUGUCACUUACCAGGAUGAUCGACCAUUUAAAUUCGCCACCCGUGCGAACAAUCAGACAACACAGGUUGAUAUUACCCAAACCGGUAAAUCGGCCGAGCAUGACAAUGAGGCCAUAUCAGUUGAGAAAGAAGAGGACCCCAUUGCCGAAUGGAAAGGGCCGGUCUUUGAGGUCAAUCUUACUGGCAAGGCCCGGUUCUCUAUAAAACUGACCGAAAAGAGUGGAAUACGUAUACAAAAACCAAAGAUACCAAAAAAUGCAGAGGAAUUGUUACUAGAGGAUGUCUCGGGAGCAUCUAUUAUGCUGAAAUCCCCCCAUCUGCUGCGCGCUCUAGAGGGGCUGGUUGAUUACCUCCCGUCAUUUCGGACUCAGCUCGAGGCGGGAUAUGAAACAGGUUUCCGGAUCAAUGAGCCAUUUGCAGUGGUCAUGCACCACUUUCAGUCAAUUAAAGAGCUAAUUGAGAAAGAGUACGCAGGUCCACACCAACAGGACUCCCGCAGCUUUCGACUGGACGAGUUGCAAAAAAACCACUUGAGACACCUGUACAAGUUUGCAGAGCCGUUAUACCAUGCGAAUGUGAUUCCCUGUGAGCAGCAUCUUUCAGAAGCGUGCCCUCGGAUCGCUUUUGAUAUGAUAUGGUAUCUUUUGAAGCCCGGAACCGAUGUCUACGUUCAAUCCGACGGUAUAACCUUCGUUGGUGUAGUUUUGAGCACUGAGGACGGAUCUGAUGAGGAUUACCAAACCUAUCCCAGCGUCUCAAACAAGCCGAAAUGGUCGUGGGUCAAUGUAUGGCACCUUAACACCAACGGUGCAACAAUUCGACGAACGCAACAGACAUACACAAUCGACGCGUAUUCUGGAUUACGUGAUGUGACCGAGCUUCGCGUAUAUCCCGUCUCCAUAUGGGAUGCGAAAGAUAAAGGAGAGCGUCGCAAAAAGAUACUUGCGAGAAGCAGGGUUUUUUUCAAAGCCCUCCAGCAGGGUAACCUACUAGCCUACCACGAUGGGCCUCUUAGAGGCACGAGAAGCCAUUAUACCGGGAAAGUCGUACUGGACUAUCGAAGAGGGGUUGCAGAGUCAAAGAACGGACUUGGAUCGUUCCACCCAGUGAAGGACCACUAUGAACGCUACAAAUGUUACGAUCAGAUCUAUAUAAACGAUACAAACGACAACCUCGACUACCUCGACUACCACGACUUUAAAUAUCCUCCACCACCCCCAACCGAGCCAUAUGAUCCACAUAAUAUAUUGACAAAUGACCAAUAUAAUAUGAAUCGCACUACUGCGCAAGUUGGAGGUCAGACCACGGCGCCGUGGUUGAAUAGGCAAGGAAGUUACGUUGAUAGAGAGCCUAAUAGAUUUAAUGGCACAAACCGGCAUAUUGUCCAGGAAUUGACCGAGCAUCAGUUGCUCUUGCUUCAUCCAGAAACGUUGGUGUACGGGUUGAAGCUCAAACAGUGGAUGAGAACGUCUGUGGAUUAUAUUCGAGAAGUCGCGCCAUCUAUGGAAAGUAUUUCCAAUUUGAUCAUUGGAGAAGACGAACUUCGGACAAUCCGUGCGCUGUCAAACAAACAAAACAGCACAGCCAAGCAAUGGUCUGCAGACUUCAUCGAGGGAAAGGGAACCGGUCAGAUUAUUUUACUCCAUGGUCCACCAGGAGUUGGUAAAACGUACACCGUUGAGGCCAUUUCGGAAUGGCUUCACCGACCCCUUCUAGCGCUCACGGUGGCAGACAUCGGCACAGUCGAAACACUUGUUGAGCAGCAACUUUUCAAAUGGUUUGAUCUAGCUGAAGCGUGGAAUGCAGUACUCCUUGUCGACGAAGCAGAUAUCUUCUUGGAGCGGCGACAGCACCGCGAUUUAGGACGCAAUGGUUUGGUAUCAGCUUUCCUCCGCCGCAUGGAGUAUUUCAAGGGGCUCCUCUUCCUCACGACCAACCGCGUUGGCCAGAUCGAUGACGCCUUCAUCUCACGGGUUCACGUAGCUAUAGGGUAUGACAAACUCAACGUUGAGACGAAAAAAAGGAUUUGGACCGGGUUCUUCCAAAAGCUGGCUAAAGAGCGCGCCGGGAAGAUCCAAGUAGCGCUCGACGCAAAGAAGUGGGUUUUGGAGACGACGGGGAACAGCCAAGCGCAGCUCAAUGGACGAGAUAUCCGCAAUGCGCUCCAGACAGCCAUCACUCUUGCGGAGUUUGAGAGUGAAGAAGAUCCGGAUUAUAGUCCAGAGAUGGUCAUUGUCGUGACCAAGGACCAUUUCCAAAGGGUGCUUGAGAUGAGCAACAAGUUCCAUGAGUAUGUCACGAGCAUCCGACGGGAAGAUGAGAGGAAACGAGCACACGCCCGGGGGGAUCGCAAUGACUAUGAUGGCGAUGAUGUUCCUUCGAAUCAGCUCAGCAUAUUGCGACGAGGAAUGGAUCUGGGACAGCACAAUCGCGAGGGUAGGGCUAGCUAG